UGAUGAGUUGCCAGUACAACUAACGUUACCAAGAGCUGUGAGGGAAGCCAAGAACCGGCAACAGUUGUCUUCACUAGCUCUACUCGGUCAAGAAUUCUGGAGGUACCCUAUGGCGAACCCGCGUCGCAACCUAGGGGGAGUGGUAGGUGGAGGGGGUGACCAAACAGGGGCUGACAGCUGCACGGAGAGUCAGGCGAGCAGUCUAAGCAGCUUCGACAGUGGCUGCAACAACAUGAGCCCUGUACUCGACAACCAUCAACAUCAGCAGGAAAGGCGGAAUGAGUCGAUUGUGCUGAACCUGAGUCCUCUAUCGCCCAAUGGAAAUGGGGAAUCACAGCCCGCCAGUCUCAUGAGCACAUUCAAGGGAUCUCCUGUCAAUUGUGAUGAAACUAAAGUUGGUUUCUCGUCGCUGCAGAGUGACAGUUCGCUAGCUUCUAGUGGGAUGGUGAUCCCCGUAGCCACUGAGACUUGUGCCAGAGCUCCAAGACCGACUCCUCCCAAUACUCUGAAUCUGGUCUGCGUCAACUCGGAUCCUGCCAGCACUACUAUUGCCGCAGCUAGAUCGAACACCAACAGCACACCGUUCAACAGCAGCUGGUGGUGGUUAGCAGCUCCACGGGGGUGACAGGGGGUAAAACCCCUCCCCCACCCCCACCGAGGUGGGCGAAGCCAGC